UUUCUUUAUCUGUAAUACUCUCUAUCAGUCAAACCCACACCAAACCCAAACAUUUUCUCCCAUCUCUCUCUGUUUUCUCUCUGUUCGUCUCUGAUCUCAUGGCAAUGGCACUCAGACCCAUCGACAAUGCUCUCCCAAUUACACCAGAAAGGCCCAAGAAGCCAACCAAAGUUGCUCUUCCGAUUCAAAAUCAAUCUGAUUUGGGCGUAAAUGAUGAAAACAAGGCUCCACUUCCGGCGGCAACCGCUGAAGCCACCAUUGAUUAUAUCUCCUCAGAGAAUCUCAAACCCAUUUCAGACCCUGAUUCCAAGAUUCAGAGCUUGAUUGAAGGACUGGAUUCAAAGGAUUGGACCAAAGUCUGCGAGUCUCUGAACAAUGCUAGGCGUUUUGCUCUGUUUCACUCUGCUCUUUUGGUGCCUACUCUAGAGAAAGUGAUGGUGGUACUUGUUAAGUCUAUGAAGAAUCCGAGGAGUGCUCUGAUCAAGACCUCCAUCAUGGCUUCGGCCGAUUUCUUCACUGCCUUUGGUGACAGUUUGCUUGACUCCACCACCUCUGAUGCAUUUGACCAAUUGCUGCUGCAAUUGCUGCUGAAGGCCUCACAAGACAAGAGGUUUGUUUGUGAAGAAGCAGACAAGGCGCUAAGCGCAAUGGUGAAGUCCUUGACUCCUCUGCCUCUGCUUCAUAGGCUUAAAGCCUAUGUCACCCAUGCCCACCUCAAAGUCAGAGCCAAAGCUGCCAUUUCCAUCUCAACUUGUGUCUCUAAGAUGGGGCUGGAAGGAAUGAAAGAUUAUGGACUGGUUGCUCUGAUUAAAAUGGCUGCGGAUUCGCUGAAUGAUAGGCUGCCUGAGGCAAGAGAAGCGGCAAGGAGUAUUGUGACUUCGGUGUACAAUGCCUAUACUGAGAAUGAAGAGGAGAAGCAGGAGAUAUGGCUGAGCUUUUGCGAAUCUAAUUUGACACCAAUUCAUGCUCAUGCCAUGGUCAAGUUUACUUCUUCUCAGUAACUUCGAGAUUGCAGUGUUAAGUGGUGGUUCUGGUGGUAGUAGCCAGAUAUAAUAGUAGAGGAGUGCUAUUACCAGUUUCAUAUAGAAGCUGUUUUCACACAUUUUAAGUGGAUGGAUUUCUUUCUUUUUAAUGAAUUUGUUUGUCUUGUGAA